CUCAUUUAACCUGAUCGCUCCUCCGUCUCCGGCGCCUGAAACAAAAACAAAAAAAUUUUACGAAAAUUAAAAUGCCAACAAACACAAACCUCUCUCUCUUUUAAUUCAAAAAACAAAACCCAAAUUUGGCGCUCUUAUGGCGGCAGCCUCUUCUCCCUCCCCAGCCCUAAGCGCCACCACCUCCGACGCCUCUCAUGCCCCCUCCGCCGCCGUCCCCGCCCCGCCCUUCUCCGCGGCUUUCCGCUCCGAAACUCCGACCAAGACGCUCCGCGGCCUCAACAAGCCCAAGUGCAAGGUCUGCGGCAAUGUCGCUCGCUCCAGGUGUCCGUUUGAGUCUUGCAAGAGUUGCUGCUCAAGAGCUCAAAAUCCAUGUCACAUUCAUGUCUUGAAAGCAAAUACAACUAUUCCAGACAAGGCACCAGCCUCAAGCAGUCCUCAAUUUGACCAUCAGUCAACUGAGACAUCAUCAUCCGGGAAUUCGCAUAGAGUUGCAUCACUCCGACAACUUUCAAACAAUUUUGCGCAAUUCAAUAAUGUGCAUAUUACACUUCGCACAAAGAAGCCGCUGACCAGAAAGGAUGCUGUGGCUACUAAUGAAUGGAGGUUUGCCAAGUUAAAGGAAUUUAAGGACAGAAACAUUGAAGUGGAAAAUGAAGCUUUUGAUCGAUACAUGCAGAACAUCAGCUUAUUAGAGGAAGUGUUUUCUGUGAACUCUAAUGCGGAAGAGUCCAUCGGGGAUGGAUCAUCCAUAUCAAACCAUGACAUGACUACUACAGAAGGUGACAAUGGGGAUAUGGUCUCAGGGUUGAAGUUAAAGUUGAGAUCAAAUCCAAUGAGAACCAGUAAUUUCAGAAAGAGGAUACAGCAAAUUGUUGAUCAGGGAUUAAAGAAGCUUAAAACAUGUGAGUCUGCUGAUGGAGAUAAGGAACCGAGUGACCAAAUUGAAUUGGAUAUGGGGCCCAGAAAAGGAGAAAAUUGGCGGGCUGCAAGGGCUUCAGCUUUAGGUGAUCUCAUUGAUAAGUUGAACAAAGCCCGAAAUGAGGAGGAUCUACAGUCUUGCAUGGAGAUGAAGACUCAACUCUUCAAUGAACUGAAAUCUAUGAGCAGCUCAGAAUUGGAAGACACAGAGACCACGAAGAAACAGACUACGAAGAAUGACUUGGAAACCAGGAAAGAGUCGCAAUAUUUAUUUCCUCAUUUGAUUAGUACCAAUGAAAUUGAUCAAGAAACUCUCAGUAGCGUCAAUGCGCACUUCUCUUCCCUGGAGCAGAUAGAAGGUUUAUGAUUAAAGAUUUAGAGGUGUGAUUUUUAGUAGGAUGUGGACUUUUAGCCAAUUCAGAGGAUCAUAGUUUUGAGGUAGGUGCCAUAACCUAGUGUAAUUUCAUCCUUGAGUUCCUGUUCUUCUGGUCGAAAAGCAAUGAUGGGAAACUUGCAUUUUCAAUUUGAAUCCAACCAUGGUACCUCAUUUUACUUGUAAAAUGUAACAUGAUGUAACCGGCUGUAGUAUUUGCCAAAAUUCAUGAGCAAUGUAGGUCGCAUGAAGCCAUUGACCUUUUGGUAGGCUACUGGCACUUCAAAUGCUA